CCUCGCGGAAGCCAGGCUGCGAAGUUCCAGGGUAUAUAUAGGAUCGGGGAAGCCUAACAGAGAGGCCUCUGCGCCAAGCUCACCGGGAGGCUCGUUCCCUGCAGACACCGGGAGAGAACUAUUUUUAACAUGGACAAACCAAGAGCUCCAAGAAAUACUGGCUACCUUGACCCCCAGGCUGGCUCUCUAGAGCCCCAAGUUGGCUAUCCAGGGUCCCAUGCAGGCUACCCAGUUCCACCAGCUGACUAUCCAGUUGCUGACCAAAGCAGCAUUCCUGUCUCAGAUCAGCCAGAACAUACGCAGCCUGGUGGAUCUGCAGGGGUACCAUGGAUGCCAGCUCCACCACGUCCGUUGAACUGCCCACCUGGAUUGGAGUAUUUGACUCAGAUAGAUCAGGUACUGAUUCAUCAAGAAGUUAAGCUACUAAAAGUCUUACUAGAUUUUCAAAGCAAAAACAAAUAUGAAAUUAAAAACAGCUUUGGACAGAAGAUUUUCCUGGCAGUGGAAGAUACUGAUUGCUGUACCCGAAAUUGCUGGGAGGCACUUAGACCUUUCACAUUGAGGAUUCUUGAUAACACGGGCCGAGAAGUGAUCACCCUGGAGCGACCACUGAGAUGCACCAGUUGCUGUUUCCCCUGCUGCCUUCAGAAGAUAGAAGUUCAAGCUCCUCCUGGUGUCCCAAUUGGAUAUAUAACUCAGACCUGGCAUCCAUUUCUGCCUAAAUUUAAAAUUCAAAAUGAGAAGGAAGAGGAUGUGCUAAAAAUUUGUGGUCCAUUUUUUGUGUGUAACUGUUUUGGAGAUGUUGACUUUGAGAUUAAAUCUCUUGAUGAACAAAAUGUGGUUGGCAAGAUUGCUAAGCAGUGGACUGGGCUUUACAGAGAGGCAUUUUCAGAUGCUGAUAACUUUGGGAUCCAGUUCCCUGUAGACCUUGAUGUGAAAAUGAAAGCUGUGGUGCUUGGCGCUUGUUUCCUCAUUGACUUCAUGUUUUUUGAAAACUGUGGAGGCCUGGAGCCAAUAAUAGGUGUAUGGUAGUGGUAAUGGAUUAAUGAAAAUAUUUUAAUCCAUUACCAGAAAAUAUAUAAUCUGUGUAUUGAUUGGGAUUUUCUAAUAAAUGUGAAUUAAAGUGUGAUGCCUGGAGCUCCAGUUGUAUGAUUUUACUUUUCUAGAGUUUUUUGACCAUAUCACUGACUUUCGUGGGGAGCAACUCAGACUAGACUAAGUUACUGGAAUUAAGACUUAUUCUAUGCAUCUGCUCUCCCACAAUAUGGUGCUGGGAGAGGAGAAAACAGCUUCUACACAGCUGCCUCCAGUUCAGCCAAUAAACUGUAGGACUUGCUCCUGAUUGGAGGAGAGCAGCGUACUCGGCGUGUGGGCAGCCGAGUUGGGAUUGGCGGAGGAGGACUAUAAAGGAGGAGAGAGACGGCAUGCACCAGGAACAUCUAAGAGGAACAUCUAAGGGGAACACCUGUGCAGCCCCCGAGAGAGCCGGCCAGCGGUGUGCCGCUCCCCCGCGGAAGUGGGGAAAGUGGCAGGGGGAACCGCCCUUCCACGGAGGUGGAAGGGACAGUAGCCAACCCGGGAAGAACCAGCAGCAAACCCGGGGAGGGCCGAGCAGACGAAAGAACAGCGCAGGGUCCUGUGUCGUUCCUCCAUGAAGAGGGGGAGCGACAACUUUUAAAUGUUUUUAUCUGUUAUAGCAAUGUUUACUGUGAACUUAUGAGAAAAAACACAAACAGCUAAAAUUUGAUGUGGGCAGCCACAGGUAGUCACUCCCUUUGUGUACACUUAAACAUAUGAAUGGAGACUUCCUGGCACAGACAAUUAGGCUAGGGAGAUUCCGGGAAGAGCAGGAAGAACCUAAACCUCUCACAAGAGAUAAUAUAGAUAAUCAGUCACACCUGAAACCUGCAUGUAUCACCUAAGUGUUUUAUUGUAACCUUAAGAGCCUUUUUGAUAUGUAAAUCUUUUGUGCUCCUUCUUGUAAACAACUGGUCAUGUUUAAAUACUA